GACGGAAGAAACUUCUAGGAAAGGCAUACCAGAUUCCAGCAUGGCAUGUGCAGCAGACGGCUGCAUCCAGUUUACUCGCCACGCAGGCGAUGUUCUCCUAAACUUCAAUCGACUUCGUAGCAGAAAUAUCUUGACAGAUGUGACUAUUUUAGUCAGUGGGCAACCGUUUCGUGCUCACAAGACAGUGCUUAUGGCCUGCAGUGGCCUCUUCUACACAAUGUUCACUGAUGUCCACAAAACCAACCUGAAUCUCAUCAGUCUGGAUCCAAAAGUGGAGCCGAGUGGUUUUGCCAUCCUGCUGGAAUUUAUGUACACAUCCUGCCUGGCGCUCAAAGACAGCUGCAUCCUUGCCACCUUGGACGCAGCUGUGUACCUGCAGAUGGAGCACGUGGUGGACACCUGCAAACGCUUCAUGGAGUCCAGGGGUUUGUCAGUGAAGAAUCCCAGAGGGGAGUUGUUGGCCGGUCAAAUCCCAUUCCCUCCGAAAGUCCCUGCCUGUAACACGAGUGACACGAUGGAGAACUGUCCAAUCAGAGCAGCUCCACAGCUGCACGGCCUGAGGGCUUACAGAUCUCCCAGUAUCCACUACAGCAUCAGCACAUCCACUGGUCACCCCACCCGCUUCUACACACAUCUCCCCUUUCCCGUGGGAACGGGCUCCGCCCCGGAGAGCCCCUAUUGGCAACUGCCAAGCGACAGCGUCAUCACCAGACCACACCCUCCUUUGCUAGAGAAGGUGAAGAACCCAGAGCUCAGCUCCAGUAUUCACUCUCAGUCCACAGAGGAGAGACCCCAGCCGUCUGCAGUUCUGCCUCUAACGCGACAGGACGGAGCCUGCGGCAUCAGAGAGAACAUAGACGUAAAGGAAGAAAAGGAGGAGGAGGAAGACGGCGGCUUCGGUCACAACCAGCAUGGUGGCCCUCCGAGUCCCCUCAGAUCCAACUGUCACCCUAACUCACCCACUGAAUCUAGUGGAUGCAGCAGGGAAGCAGGCACCACCCAGAGCUCCAGUACCAAGACUCACCCCAAACUGCGCAACUGGAAGAAGUAUAAGCUGAUCGUGUUGAACUCGGCAGACAGAGAGGACGAACGUGGGGUGGACACCCCCUCCCCGGCCGCCAGUGAGAGUGCAGGCUGGACCAGUGAGCUGACAGAUUCAAGCCAGCACAGUCCCAACAGCAGAUCUGUUGAAGACUAUAAUCCCAACAACGAACACAGUUUAUCCUACUCCACAUCACCGCUGCAGCCAAGAAACGUGAUCAAAACACAGGGGCCAGAUUCAAGCUCUGGAAACAAUGCCCACUUUUGCAAUCGAUGUGAUUCCAGCGUGGAAGGUGAUUCUGAGAGACAGCAGAGGCUAGAGCUAGGCAAACCAUACAAAUGCGACCGCUGCCAAGCCAUGUUCCGCUACAAAGGAAAUCUGGCCAGUCACAAAGCAGUCCACACUGGGGAGAAACCAUAUCGCUGCAAUGUGUGUGGAGCUCAGUUUAACAGGCCAGCCAACCUGAAGACACACACUCGUAUUCACUCGGGAGAGAAGCCAUACAAAUGUGAGACGUGUGGUGCUCGUUUUGUACAGGUGGCUCAUCUUCGGGCUCACGUGCUGAUACAUACUGGAGAGAAGCCUUAUCCCUGUGAGGUCUGUGGAACACGCUUCCGUCACCUGCAGACGCUGAAGAGUCACCUGCGCAUCCACACUGGAGAAAAACCCUAUCAUUGUGAGAAGUGUGACUUACACUUCCGACACAAGAGUCAGCUUAGGCUGCACCUUCGACAGAAACACGGCGUAGUCACCAACACCAGGGUACAGCAUUCCAGCUCCGCCGCAGACCUGUCCAGCGACUCCCCCAUGAGCAGCUGAGGCCCAAGGCCACGGUCACCAUCCAACUGCACCACUGCCUGGAGUCAAACUGUGAGGGCUGAAGAUAAACAAACUCCACAUUGCCACUGAGUGUGAUGGUACAAAGAUAUUUAUGAGGUCACUUUUAGUACAUGCAACUUUCAGUAUAUUUUACAAAGCUAAACUGUACAUAUGAUGUGGUAAAUAAUAUUUAUGUAGGAUUGUAUAGCUAUAAAAGUCUUGGUGUACAAGCAAUCUGAAUGUGAAAUCCUGAACAUCAUCCAUUUAUUCUUGUUUUUUGUGUUUGUUUUUGUUUUUUUUAUAGCUGUUCUAUUUGGUACAUUUUCAGAGGCAGAAUAAUUGUGAAGCUAUACUUUGACUUGUAUGUAGAACU